AUGACCAUCAAAAAGGACCCAAACUUGGAUACCGAGUGGAAUGAUGUACUCAGAGCAAAGGGCAUCUUGCCUCCAAAGGAAGAAAAGGAGAUUACAGAAGAAGACCUCAUCAAGAUGGUUGAAAGCACCAUAGAAAAUAAAUCUAAAGGUAUCCAAAUUCCAUUAUGUAAGCUUUUGAAUCAGCAUUUAUCAAACCUAGCACAGAAAUUCCCGGAGACAAAAUUCCUAAGUAGUGUGUCAUCAUUGUGUAUACCAAACUAUCCUGAUAAGAACUUACCAACAAUAUUUGUCUACAAAGAAGGGGAGAUGAAAAAACAGUUUGUGGGGCCUCUUGCAUUUGGGGGCAUAAACUUGAAGAAAGAUGAACUCGAAUGGAUGCUAUCGCAGACGGGGGCGGUCAACAUUGACCUUGAGGAGGCGCUGCGGGGUGAGGUCAAGGACGUUAUGAACAUUGCCAUACGAGACAGUCAAAAAAACAGAAGGGAUGAUGAUGACGAUGAUUACUGA